GCAGUGAUCGCACGGGGGGAGCGGGGAGGCAGCGGCAGCCGCUCCAGCCGCACCGCGGUACCAGCGCUGACUCUCUGACAAGUAUUGGACAUAGCGGACGCGUGUAGGUGAGAAAGCUUCUCUAUUGCUUUAGCAGGGAAUUGGAGAAACGAGUGGCUUUUAUACGUGCUCUGUUGCUUAUAGACAAAGGGAGCGAAUAGGCGGAAAUAUUCGGGGAUGUUAUAAAAUCUGAAAGGACUUUCUGUACAGCGUGGCGGUACACGACAGGAAAUUAACUCCAAAAAGAAUGCUUUCUCUCAAAGUGCUGCGACAGAAUUGAACAUUUGGCUUUUCUAGUGUGUGAAAUUCGUCCUGAAGACACAACAAGGAGUAUCAGAAACAUCAGAGAGAUCCUGGUACUUUUAAAGAGACUUAAAGCAAACGCCAGCUGAAUGACCUUGGAGAUGAUUUUGUGUGGAUUCAUUAAUUUUCACUGCUGGUCUUCUAGUCUCAAGAACUCUAGGAUUAAUGAUGCUUUUAACAUUUUUGGGGCCUUUCAAAAAAACAAGAUUGUAUCCAUUUAAUUACCUGCCUAAUGAUUCCUGAACUAAUCAAGCAUUUACUUAAAACUGAACACAGAAGAUGCUUUUAAUGUUUUCUCUCUCCAUAGCUGUGAAUAAAAUGAACAAGGUAAUGUUCUGCAAAUAGAAGAACAUUUUUUUAAGCAACUAUUUAUUAUGCAGAUCAUCUAAUAAAUAUAGAAACCUUAAACCCCUGAGAAGAUGAAGCUGAGCAACAGAAUAAUGGAGUAGUAAACAAUGGCAGCUUUUCUAGUCAAAUCAGCAUUCAUUAGCUUCCCAGCAGAAUGCAGAUGGAAGUUUCUGAGCUCAUUGUGUGGGGUUUUGUGAAAUGAUUCAGUUGUUGCUACAGAGGUGAGCAAUAUCAUGGAUAUACCUAUGAACUCCUGGGUGCUGAUCCACUGUAGUAGAUAUGGCAGAGUUUCUAAAGAUGAUUCUUUUAAAUUGCCAUUGCUGAAAUUAAAUUCACGAGGUUUUUUUUUUUUUCUGUGGGAACACGGAAUUAUGAUUCUGGCAUUUGUUAUUGUAAUGGACUAUAACUGUUUAAAAGAACUGUAAAUAUUGACAUGAGCCUCCAAAAUCUAUUUUUAAAUUAUUUUCAUUUUUAAAUGAAUAGAUAUGAUCUUCCUCAUUGUAUGUGAGAUGUAUGUUUUCUUUCUUGGGAGCCAGAGGACAAAUCUCCUUCAUCCCCCCUCCACCUGUCUCCCUCUAAAUAAAAUUCAUUAUUCAUACCCAAAUAGUGGUGAGUCUAUUGGAAUUAACCUUGACAAAGAUGUUUUCCUUACCUUUCCAAUGAAUAGCAUGGGUAAGAUAGAGUACCAUCUUCUGAAUCGAACAAGAAAAGAUAGCAUUAGAGGAUGAACUUUUUUCCUUUAAUCUCCAGUCAGUCUGUGAUUUAAACUAAGACAUAAAGAUUAUCUCCAGUAACUGCUGGUCCAGGAAACCUGAGCUGUACUGAGGUUCCUCCUUCCCUUCCUCUCCCUCUCUCCAGUAUAUUCCAAAGUAAAUGACUUUCUCAGGAAAAUAAGUUAGAGAUUCCCCCCCCCUCCUUCCCUGGGAAAUGAAUGUGUCUGUUUUGUCAAUUUUUAUUUCUGUUUGUUUUAGAAGUGCCUUGUGUUUGCUAAAGAUGGGUCAAGAGCACUGGAGGAGCUGAUCAGUGGCCUUUCUCUUUCUGGCUUUUGUUUUUCUUUUCUUUCUUUCUCUUUCUUUCUUUCGUUCUUUCCUUCAAGCCAAGGUGUGCCAGAGGUGAUGCACUGAUGCUGAGGAGGCAUCAACAGCCAUGGGACUCUAAUCCUCUCCCAUGUUAGCACUGGCAGUGUCUGCAAGGAGAGACCGUGAGGCGCUGAAGCAGAGUUUAGCUGCUGUUCAGUAGGUCACCUGCUCACUAAGGCUCAGAUUGCACUGUUCCCUAAGCACAAAACAUGAACCAGUCCCGAUGGAUUGAAUGGAGGACUCUGAAUAUGAGCAGUAGUGUUAUGAACAUAUCUGAGCACCUCUCCUGCCCUCUUGGAUUUGGUCACUACAAUGCAGUUGACAUCUGUAUCCUUGAGACAGUCGUUAUUGUCUUGCUAACGUUUUUAAUUAUUGCGGGUAACUUAACUGUGAUAUUUGUUUUCCACUGUGCUCCACUACUGCAUCAUUACACCACCAGCUACUUUAUUCAGACCAUGGCCUAUGCUGAUCUUUUUGUUGGAGUCAGCUGCUUGGUUCCUACUUUGUCACUGCUCCACUACUCAACAGGUGUCCACGAGUCCUUGACUUGUCAAGUUUUUGGAUACAUCAUCUCUGUGCUCAAAAGCGUCUCUAUGGCAUGUCUUGCUUGCAUCAGUGUGGAUCGCUAUCUCGCUAUAACAAAGCCCCUCUCCUAUAACCAACUGGUCACACCUUGUCGCUUGAGAAUCUGCAUCAGUCUCAUCUGGAUAUACUCUUGCCUGAUCUUCUUGCCUUCUUUUUUUGGUUGGGGAAAACCUGGUUACCACGGAGAUAUUUUUGAAUGGUGUGCUACCUCCUGGCUAACUAAUGCCUACUUUACUGGCUUUAUCGUGUGCUUACUCUACGCUCCUGCUGCCUUUGUCAUAUGUUUCACCUAUUUCCACAUCUUUAAAAUCUGCCGGCAGCACACCAAAGAGAUCAGUGACCGCAGAGCUCGGUUCCCUAACCACGAGGGGGAUGCUGCUGGGGAGGCUGGGCACAGCCCCGACCGCCGCUAUGCCAUGGUUCUGUUCCGGAUAACCAGCGUCUUCUACGUGCUCUGGCUCCCUUAUAUCAUAUAUUUUCUGCUGGAGAGCUCCAGGGUGUUGGAGAACCCAGCACUCUCCUUCCUAACUACGUGGCUUGCUAUAAGCAAUAGUUUCUGCAACUGUGUGAUCUAUAGCCUCUCCAAUAGCGUUUUCAGGCUGGGACUGCGGAGACUGUCAGAGACAAUAUGUUCAUCUUGUGUGUGUUUAAAAGACAGGGAUGUACGGGACCCUAAGCCAAGGAAACGGGCUAAUUCCUGCUCCAUUUAAAGAAAACUGGUGCAUGUAAUCAAAUGCUGAGUUUUGAUAGUAUUUGUGGUGUCUGGAAACUUGCCAGAGAGAAAUGUUUACUUGAACAGCUUGCUGUGGUGUUAAGAGUGAAUUUAAAAGGGAUCCUGGUGGAAAAGGCAAAGGCAGCUGUAACAAGGGUCACUGAACUCCUGUGAAAUUGUCAGGAGAGCAAUUCAAGAGAGAUGAUGAAGAAAGAAAUAAAAAUCUUCUACAGGGCAUGAAGUAACUAGCACAUCAGAGGAGGCUCCUUGUAAAACAAAUUAGUUAAUUACUAUCUUACAUUUUCCCCCUCGUAGACAAGUUGUCUUUGUGUCAGAGUAUACUGUAGCCUUCACAUUUUAAUGCAUUUAAGAGGAAGCAAUCAACACCACAGUAUGCAGCUAUCGGUAAAUUAUAUACUUGAGGACUGUAGUAGAUACUGCAGGUAAUAAUCAGCUCUACCUUUGCUCACGUAUUGUACAAUUUCAGUUGUACAAAAUAUCUGCAGUGCAUAAACCCUGCCCUGGGCAUGAUGACGCUUUGGGAUAAACUGGCACCUCAUGGUACAACUUAAACAGAAGCUCUCCCUCUCAUUUCCCAUUUCUUCCCAUGCUGUGCAUCCCUCUAUUCCAUUGUGUGCAGGUGAGUGAGUUUGAGAGCACCUGUGAGGUUGCCUGAGUUCCAAACCAUUCUUUCUGCAGGAGGCAAUGGCCCUCCGUGGCUGGCUGCAGCUGCCCAUGUCCAAUGAUUUCCCCAGUUGUUCACUCUCUUGACCCAUUUCAGUCAGCACACAGAGUCUGUGUAGGGUCCUUUAGGGGGUACUGAAGUUUUUCCUCACUGGUUCCACAGGUGCUCCUAAUGCAGAUAUGAUAAUGGCACACAGCAGUGUGCAGCACUGCUUAAAAAAUUAAAAAUAACUGACCCUUUUCUUUGGGAAAUCUAAAGAGCUUACUGUUGUAGCUGUCAGUCUGUUGUGUGAACCUCCACUUGCACAUACUGUAUUUUUUUAAGAGAAAACAUAAAUUGUGGUCUGUGCCUAAUGUUUUCAUAGCACAUGGGGUAGGUCAAUGCUACAGGAUCAAAAAAUUUACACUUGCUUUAAGAUAAAUACUUCUGUGCAGCUCUUUGUUAGACAAGUGUUCUCAGAGGAGGUAAACAAAGCAAUUUGGUGUUAAAUACAGGCUGAGAGCUUUGGUAUGUCCUUUUGUACUGAACUGACUUUCAGGUCCACUGAUGAAAUCUUUUUGAUUUUGCAAGGGCACACAUAAGGUUUGUGUAAUAAAUUGCCAGGGGUUCAGAUGCAUGCCAAUCAAUACAAUAUUUAAAUUACAACUUUGAACCAAAUGUAAUUUUCUUAGAUGGUUAUUGGCUUUUAAAAAAGGCCCAAUUAUUGAUUAUUGGUGCCUUUUAACACUGCACUAUUAUUCCUUCUUUCACCAAAAUGCGUAUGUAAAGAUUGUGCCUAUUACUUUUUGUAAUGAAAGCUGACCACGUGUGCACACUUGUGGUUUCACUCUAGAGCUCCCUUAAUGCUGUAUUCUUUGUUCUGUUGAGGUGGUUCUGAACCCCUAUACAUAUUUUUUUAAACUUGUAAGAAAGUUGAAUCAAUGGAAUAAAGUAGUAUUAUGUAAUCAAACUGAGCCUUGGCGUUAGUUCCCUGAUGUUACAUGCUGUUCUCUGGGAAAGUCCUUUUGGGUUAGGACUUGAGUGAACUAUUUCAAAUCCAAAUGUCAAAGCUGCUUACUUGAUGUCUAAAAUGUUCAUAUUCUGGUUUCUGGCAUUCUACAUUUUCAAAGUAGACUUAUUGAAACAUUCCUUGAGCUGAGCUGUUGCUGACACCCAGCUCUCCACAGGUAUUAGGGAAAAAUGAGUAGUGUCCUUUGCAUGGAUCUCAUAAUGCUCCAUGUCUACAGGAAUGUAAUUGCUGCCUUCUUUUGCCAAGUUCAUGUUUAUUUCAGGAGGUUCUUUUGGCUCACUGCUGCUCUGUAUGGUUGUGUAACCCCAACUCUUCCUAUAAACAUGACUUGGAUUCGUUUAGUUUUGUCUUUUUUUUUGUCGUUUUUUCCAAGCGAGGCUUAGACAAGGAGCAACGAAAUAUCUUAUUUCUCACAAUUCCCAGGGCUGGUUUCUUACCAGUAAAGUUGUUUUAUACCUGUGCUCCAGAGCUGGCCACUCAGAGCUUCUGAUUUUCAUUGGUUUUUCUGGUGACAAGUUUCUAUGGGACCUCCUGGAAUCCAAGGAAAGUUCUAGCAGGUGCUUAAAGUCAAACUGACAUUUAGUGAGGCCAGGCUGUGGGCAGCAGAUGUGUUGUGACUGUGACGCUGUAACUCCAGAUGUGUCAAACACCUGAGCAAACUCAGUUGUGCCUUUGUUGAACCCUGUUUGUGUGACCUCAGCAAGUGCAUUUGAUGUGCAGCUACUUCAAGGUUUAUUGCCUGAAAAUGGUGGGUCAGGGCAAGGGCUUGGCCUCAAGGGCUGCAUCUCAAAGUUUGGUCACCCUGAGGGGCACAGUCAGCAAUCUGUUCCUCUUUGCCAUCAUGUUUAGUGUGUGGAAUUGUCAGGUGGAACCAGAGAUUGCCUUUUUCCUCAGGCUGUUCUUGGAGGGAGAGAAUAUGAGAGAAAUCCAAUACCCUGGAACCAGCUUGUAAGUUCCAAGGUUCUUCACCCUCUUUUAAGAGUUUUUUGGUUUGUUGAACACUGGCUUCAUAUUGUUGGUGCAGGAACACUAAUUUGCUUCCCUGGACUCUGAAUUUCAGCUGCUGUAAAGUCAUAUUUCACCCUAUUAUUUAUUAGUCUCCCAGAAUCUGUCAAAUGAAAUCCUUAGCAGAUUUAAGUUGCUUUUCUUCUUUCUGUUUCCCAGGUGACAGGAUUUGACCUGGUCAGUCACGUGAAUCUUUCAAUUUAAUAUGUGUGUUUCACUUUAUGGUAGUGUUUUCUAAACUCAUGAUUUAAAAUUUUUAUUGAGGGACAUUUUAUUACUGUUUACUAAUGCUGUCUGAGGAUUCCAGCUGGUGCCAAAUUCUCUUCCAGAAUUAGAAGGCUGGGCAUUUUAAUGGAUUAAAAAAGUCACAGAAAUUCCAGUCACCCAAUCUGUCACUUUUGAUUUUUGUUCUGCCAUUAUAUAAAGCUGCAUUUUCUUGUAGGAAAACUUAAUUAAGCAAUGAUGGCUUUAAAGCUGGUUCCCACUUCCAUGUGCCUGAGGUUCUUUAUGAUUUAUGAAAUACCUGGUAAAUAGGAGACCAGACACCAACUAAAGAAGUUGAUGUGAAAAAAAUCAUUGUUGAUAAGACAGGUAAUGAAAAGGAAUGAGAUGUAAAAUACUAAACAAAAAUAAAAUGAAGCUAUAUGCCUGAUAAACAAAACAAAUAUAAAUAUAUAUACAAAAAACUCCUUUAGGCAGGUAGAUUAUGUUGUGCUGUUACAUUUCUCUGGAAUACUUGUGUUUGCAGCAUAUCAGGGGCAAUGUCAAGGUCAAUUACCUUACCAUUUUUGGAACCUCAUGUCGGCAGCCUAAGGAAAAGCCAAAAAAACUGUGUAAUGGCAGCAAAAGAACUACCAGAGAAGUAGUUUUUCUUCACUAAAUUCUAUGUACUCCCUUAUUUUCUGGCUAAGUAAAUUUCUUCUUAAAAUACUAUUCUUUAACAGGAAAGGGAAGUGUAGUGAUGAAAAACACAUUUGUAUCUUUUAAGGUUUACUUGUUGUCUUAUAGUAAGAUUUUCUUUCCCUGUUACUGCUUAAGAAUCCAUUUUGUAAUUGUACUUGGUAAAGCAUGAGGUACUAUGCAAGUUUUAUUUUUGCGCAGUCUUUGUGCUUCCUCUGUUGAAAAGUUGGGAAAAGUUGCUUUAUUUUCCUGCCUUUCACAGGUAGUUUAGUAAGACCUUUUAAAAAUAGUAAUUUUAUUGGUUUUAUGAUUAAUUUUCAUUCAUUAGUGUUUGACAAUGAAGUAUCCUUGAGUACACUUAGUUUUUCUACUCAGCAAAAGCAGUAAAAUGUCCUUUUAUGAGUAAAUGAACUUAGCAGUCAAUAUUAGAAAUCAGGAUUUAAUGAUGAGUUAUUUCAAUAGCUAUUCCAUUUCAAUGUGGAGCUGUUUUCUCUUUCCAUAUUGCAGUUGUAGCUAAGCACAUAAGUAUAGAGAUUCUUUCUUUUUGCUUACACUCAGCAAAAGCAGUAAAAUGUCAUUUUCUGAGUAAAUGAACUUAGCAGUCCGUAUUAGAAAUCAAGAUUUAAUGAUGAGUUAUUUCAAUAGCUAUUUCAUUUCAACGUGGAGCCGUUUUCUCUUUCCAUAUUACAGCACAUAAAUAUACAGAUUCUUUCUUUUUAAGAGUUGGUGUUGGGAUGCUGGGGAUCUGCAUCUCUGAGGCCAAGCCCUGCUGUUCCCAGGGUAGGAAUAUCCCUUCAGCAGCUUUCCAGCUCAGUUACAGCACGCUGGGCAGCACCAGGGUCUGGUGUGCCAGGGAGCAGUGCCAGGGUUUCAGCAGGCUGGUGUUGUGAGAAUGCCACAAUGUCACUGAAGGUGGCAGUGGCCUCCCCAGCCAUCCGCCAGGACCAGCUGAUUUGCAGAUUUUUCACUUUUAUUGUCCGUGUCACCAAAAGGAGGAGUUUAAGGCUUUGACUUCAUCCCGGCCCCCUGUUCCCUCUGGCUCUUUUACUUAUGGAUGCAUCUUUCUACUGAGGAGCUGAAUUUGAUUGAUUUUGUUGGGGUUUUUUCACUGCAAAUUUUCAUGUAUGCCGUUUGAGUGGCCAAACCAAACACUGCUUUGUUAACUAGGUGCCAGUUAUUUAGCAGACCUUUCCAGAAAUGCAGCAUCACUGAGAUGGUGUUUUCCUGUCUAUUGCAGAGUUGCCUAGAACAUUGCUUAAAGGAAGCACUUUCCAAAGAUUACAUGUUUUUCGCUAAACCAAAUAUAGAAUUCAAGUAAACCUGAUUUUCCCCCAUUUUACAUAGACAUAUACAAUUUUUUUCUAAGUAUGUACUGAAUUUAUACAUAGAUCUCAGCAUUUUUAACCAAAGCUUAUGCCAUUAUUGUUGAUGGCAUGAAAGCAAUGUAUAAGGGUAUUUAAGAGGAGCUUCCUACACAUGUUUUUUCCUAGUCAUUCUGUAAAGAAAUUAUUCUUUUCCCCAUCUGAUAUUAGGACAAUCUCCUGAGCUCCAUGAGCUGUAAGUGCUAAAGGAGUGGGAUGUGAAUGGAGAAGAAGCUGUUAAUGGCUCCAUGCCCCAGCGCAGCCCUGGGAAAAUACUGAAAACCCCUCAUUUUUACAUCCAUAAUUUCUUUAGGCUCCUCCUUUGUGCAAGUACUGUGAAAGGUAGGAUGAAUCUAAGGAAACCUUAAUGCUUUUAGCUGCACUGAUGGGUGGAUAGGAAAAGUAAUUUCAGGCAGUAAAAUCUUUGGGAUUUUAUCCCAGUCUUCCACUGCCUGCUGCCAGCCUUAACCCUCUGGAGCAGACUGUGACAGCAGGGCUGCAGGGAGUAAUUUUAAACACCAUGUGACUCUGUCUGGACAAAAAAUAAAGGUGACUGGGAGCAAAAUGAAACUUCUCUAAGUGCAGUGAUUACCAGGGAAAAGAGUUUCUUUUUUGUGUGUGAUCUUCAUCCCUGCCUCAAAGCUCACAAUCUAAAAUUGACAGCUGGCAGUGUUAGAAAAAGAGACAAACAUCAAGCUUUUGAGAAGGGGAAGCUCAGAGAUGUCAGUGUCCUCAUCUGAGGGCACUUCUGCAACUUGACAGCAUUAUUCUUUGUUUUCUUUGAAUGAAAUGUCUCUUUUUUCCUUCUUCUAUAUAUUAUUUCAGUAAGCACAAAUUCUUGUAAUCGUGGAAAAAGUCCAUUUUAUGAGAU